AUGGCAAGCAACAAUCCCCCCUCACCUGUGUCACCACUAAAACCGUCCGAUGGACCCCCAGAAUCUCCAACUACCGCUCGCCCCUUGGAUUUCGACAGCGACCAGGAGACCGGCACCAUCGAGGCGACUACAACAUCCAAGGCAGAGUUAUCGUCGCUGCCUAAACCUCCUCCCAAAGACGAAGUUGCUCCACCCGCCAAACCUCCACGACCUAUGUCUCCGCGAGAACAGGCCGAGCUCACGUUGAAAGAAGCCUUCCCUACGAUUGACUCUAACGUCAUUCGCGCAGUCCUCACCGCAAGCAGAGGAGAGAUUGAACCUGCAUUUAAUGCCCUGCUUGGGAUGACAGACCCCGAAUCCCAACGAGAACCAGAGCCCUUGCCUCCAGCCAAACCUCCUCGUCCUGUCCAGCAGCAAUCUCCGACGUCUACAAAGCUCAGCCAACUAGAAGCAGAUGAGCUCUACGCCAGACAGUUGGCUCAGGAAUACAACCCCGGUGUCGGUGCCGAAAGAGAGCAACCAAGGCGUCGCGAUUCUAAGGGAAGAUACAACGAAGGUCUACCCGGAUCGAGGCCAGGUCGCCCAGGGGCAAGCCCGAACCCUGAUGAUGUGCCAUGGCGGAGCUUUAUUGAUGAUGAUCUUCCCGAAAUCCGUGACAAUAUCCGGAAAGGCUUCAUGGAAACGCAGAAGACUGUGAACAACUGGAUCAGCGCAUUCAAGAAGAAGAUAGAUGGUGAUGACGAUGAUGCCGAGUUCGCACAAGGCCAACCUCCUCUUCCUGCCCGGCCAUCACCACAAUCGCCAUUCACAGGCCGCCGGAGCGGCGAGAUGCGCCGUAGUGCAGACCUCCAACGCUACGAUGCCGAUAUGCAGCCUAUCGGCGACGACUUUUCAAAACUAGAACUCCGUGACGGCGAAGCUCCGCCACGCACAUCGAGCCGGCCAAUGGCUAACCCCAACCUUUUCCGUUCUGCGGGCGUUCAAGGACCAGAUCGUCGACCCUCGCCAGGCACGAAUCGCAAGGUAUCCUUCCAAGAUGGCCCACCCGAGGAGAUCAGGGACAUGUAUAGCGCCUCGCCAAAGCCCACCGGGGCGGCGUCGACGACGACAAAAUCGAGCAAAUGGCAGCCCUUGCAAAGUAUCGACCCGAGCCCCGUGACGGAAAACGACCCAUUUAGCUUGGGCGAUAGCGACGAGGAGAAGGAUGCCAAGGUGAUCACGUUGAGGGAUGACGAGACGGACGUCACGAAAGAUGAGGCGAAGAAGGCGAAUGAUGAAGACGCACAGGUUAAGAAAGCGACGGAGGCAGCAAUGAAGGAGACUAUAGGGACAGACUCGAAGUGA